AUGUCAAUCUCGUCAACCAUCUUUGUAGUCCUAUGUCUUCACUUCAUUACAGUAUACUCACAGUACGACAACCCAGAACUCAACCAACUCAUGGCAGAGUACAAAAAACCUCAAGCCAAACCGACCGGACUUCGAUGUCAUACCGGAAUCCAAAAUUUUGAAAAUCAACUACCGUUCGACAAUGUCACAGUGGCACCGUGCCGUGCCAACGAAAACUGCUGUUAUAUGAUGAGUAAGUUGAGAUGGAAAGAAAGUUCUUGCGGUUUUUAGUUUUUAACAUUUCUAUAUCAACUUGCCCUACCCUACCCUACCCUACCCUACCCUACUCUACCCUACCCUACCCUGCCUUGCCCCGCCUGGUCCUGUCCUACCUUUGAACUUUCCUUUCCCUGUUCUGCUUUACCCCCCCCCCACAAUAGUAAGCUGACUUUACCCUGUCCAGCCCUAAGAUAUGCCUGCCCUACUCUACCUCUAUAAUAGCAAAACUCCCAUACCCUACCCAAUUAUAAAAUUUUCUACCCUACCCUCCCUCCCCCUCCCUUUCCUACACUCUACCACAUAUUAUAUAUACUACAGUAAUCCUCAAUCGUAUUUUAGGUUCCCUAAACGGUACCCACUAUGGUUGUCAUGAUGACUGUCCGGAGACCCUAAAAACCUUCCUAUGUGGACCAGACCCUGACAGUGGUCUACAGGACAUCUACUACUGUUACUGUAGAGAUGAACGAGACCCCAAUUGUCAGCCGUCAGAGUACAAAAUCAAAGGAAAACGGUCGAUUUUGGACCCCAAAUACCUUGAAGCCGAGGCUAAACUGACGUUGCUCAAAAGUCGUCGAAAGUGA